CGAGGUGGCGCGCGCUCUAAGAUUUGGUGCCGCUUGUUACAAUACUCAAUCAGAACUGGAUGUAUUCAUGCGACCAGCGAGUGAAGAUACUUUCUCUCUGAAAAAACACGAAAAACAAAACCAAAAAACAACAAUUACUCUCAACAGCAAGUUAAAAUAUGCUGCGUCUGAAGCGUGAUACUAGACUGUUUCUACUGACACUUUUUCUAAGAGCUGCUUUUGGAUGGCAUGAUUUAGAUAAUAGCGAGUAUGACUGCUGGCCAUUAGAAAAACCAGAUGAAUUUAACAUGAUAGACUGUGGAGGUCUGGAGAUGGCUUGGGUACACAGACCACCAGAGAAAAUUAUGAGUGGAGAAGAAUUCAACGUCACCUAUGCAGUAACCACAUCGGAUGAGUUUUAUCACUGGGCAGUAGAAAAUGGUAUCUUCUCCCACAGUAAUGCAGCAUCUGCAAAAAAGUUCUGUGAAGAGCAAGACUGUCCUCCAAAUUGGAAAGAUGCAAAUGGACAGAACUGCUGUGUACAUCAUGCAAACAUACAUUCCUGUCCACUGGGGUUUAUGAAUAAAGGUGGAAUAUGUGGGCCGUGGAUCCCAGAUGAUGGCCGGAUAUUUACUCACACCCUCUCUACAGCUGGAAAAAUGACUCAAAGGAAUUGGACUGCAAAGGUGGUCCUGGUUCACGUAGGGGUGACUUCCCUGAUUGCUCAUAUCAGGGUAGGGAAGAUGCAGGUUGCUCUGGAGGCCAAGACCACAGUCUUACCUGCUAUAGUGUGUGGAGACGGAGUUUGUGAUGCAGGGGAGAUGUGUUCCACAUGCCCUGCUGAUUGUGGUGAAUGUCCAAUGACUGCAGCAAUCAAGGUUGCAAUAUGCCUCCCAAUUAGCUUUGUCUUCACUGGCUUCAUCCUUACAGUAGUGUGGUUUCAAUAUCAAAAACAAAAGAUGUUUUGGGAUGAGAGCUGGAUAAUUGACUUCAGUCAGAUAAAACAAGCAUACAUUGCUCGGACCACCAUGGGAAGCAUCAUGAGUGUCCCAAUCGGAAACAGCGACUCCAAUGCCAGCUGUAUUACAGCUCUCAGCUCCUGCACAGGAGCUCUCAACACAUCCCGAAAACAGCACUUCACCCAGACCGGGAUAUAUGAUGCACGCACAGUAGCUAUUAAGAAAAUAAAGAAGAAAACCUUUUCUCUUACAAAAACUAUCCGGAGAGAAGUAAAGCAAGUUAGAGAGCUUGAUCAUCCAAACCUGUGCAAGUUUUUUGGUGGCUGCAUAGAGGUGCCAAAUGUAGCCAUAGUAACUGAGUACUGUCCGAAGGGGAGUCUUAAUGAUGUUCUACUAAAUGAAGAAAUUCCUCUCAACUGGGGCUUCAGAUUUUCUUUUGCUACUGACAUUGCAAGAGGAAUGGCUUACCUUCAUCAACAGAAAAUUUGUCAUGGACGAUUAAAGUCAAUGAACUGUGUUAUUGAUGACCGUUGGGUCUGCAAACUCUCAGAUUAUGGUCUGUCAACGUACCGAAAAGAAGACUCAAAUGAAGUCAUUAGCACAUACCAGCUGAGGCUGCUGCAGGUUUACAUACCACCUGAAGCCCAGUCUCCAGAAUUUGAGCCCACGCUUGCAGCUGAUGUGUUCAGCUAUUCAAUAAUAUUACUGGAAAUAGCAACUAGAAGUGACCCCGUUCCGGCGGAGGACAAUUCACUGGAAUGUGCUUGGUGCCCACCUCUGCCCGAAUUAAUUACUGGCAAGACAGAGAAUACCUGCCCCUGCCCCUCAGAGUAUGUGGAGCUGAUCAGAAAGUGUCGGGCACAUAACCAAGCCCACCGGCCUACCUUUGAACAAAUAAAGAAGUUCUUGUAUAAAAUCAAUCCAAGCAAAGUCAGCCCUGUGGACAUGAUGAUGAACUUGAUGGAAAAAUACAGCAAACAUCUGGAGGUGCUGGUAGCUGAAAGAACCCAGGACUUGAUGCAUGAGAAACAGAAAACUGAUCGUCUGUUGUACAGUAUGCUCCCCAAACAGGUAGCUGAUGAUCUAAGACAAGGAAAACCAUCACAAGCCCAGAGCUAUGGAAGUGCAACGGUAUUUUUCAGUGAUAUUGUUGGCUUCACACAGCUGUCAAGCACUAGCACACCAUAUCAAGUUGUAGAAUUCUUAAAUAAGCUUUACACAACCUUUGAUGACAUUAUAGACAACUAUGAUGUCUACAAAGUUGAGACCAUUGGAGAUGCAUAUAUGGUGGUGUCGGGAGUGCCUAAAGAAAACGGCAUCCUCCAUGCCAGUGAAAUAGCCAGCAUGGCUCUGGAUCUUGUAGCUGUCUGUAGGACUUUCAGAAUUCCUCACAAACCAAACAACCAGCUGCAGAUUCGAGCAGGCAUUCAUUCAGGUUCAGUUGUAGCAGGGGUGGUUGGGACAAAAAUGCCCCGGUACUGUUUGUUUGGGGAUACAGUAAACACAGCCUCAAGAAUGGAAUCGACAAGUGAAGCCCUGAAAAUUCAGUGCAGUUCGGGUUCUUACUAUCUCCUGGAGGAGAUUAAAGGAUAUGUGUUAACUUGUCGAGGAACACUGCAAGUAAAGGGAAAGGGGGACAUGGUUACCUACUGGCUGGAGGGGAAGCAAACAGUGCCUGUAAAUAAGGAAUCUUCACACCAAACUUCAGCUGUCCUAGAAAGUGAGAGGGACAAUUACACUGCAAUUCCAGGUGUUCUCAAUGACGACCUUCAAAUAAACCCAGCCUAAAGUUAACUUAGAACUUUAGUUUUGUCAUUCAGAGCACAUUAAAGGCAAAUGUAUCUGUGUUAUUGUCAUAGAUGGAGGCCUACUUUUCCCAUUUGUAUGGGGGGAAACAAGGAUUAUCUAACUUUUGUUAUGCUUCCAAAGAAAAUAAUAAUAGAAACUUGGCAACCCAGCAAUCAAAAUACAAAUCAAGAAAACAUGUUAUGCUGUUCUGGUCUACGGUGCAUAUCAUAAUCAACAUGGAUUUCCUCUAGAUACCAGAACUUCCUUUGAACUUCAGUGAAGCAUUUGUGAGAGAAAAUUAAAGGCUGGUUCAUACUUCAGUCCGACAUAAUUUCUGGUUGGAGUCAACGGUCUCCGACACUGUGCGACAGGUUGGAAUUACGUCAUCCACACUCUUUGCAACAUGCGUCUUUUUUAGAAAGUACCAUUUCUCUUGCUUCUGCGACCUGAAAUCUAUGGAAGGCCACCCGGGUACAAAACAAGUUAUUUAGAACACGUUUCAAAUAUUUAGUACACGUUCUAAUUUGACUUUAGUACGUGUUGUAAUUCUAAUUACUACGCGUACUAAUGUGGACUUUAGUACGUGUUGUAAGUACUAAUUGGGCCAAUCAGAUCACUGAAAAUGAAACGAGAACCAAUAAAUUUAAAGAAAAUAGUAUGUGCAAUAAAUUAUCCAAUUAAAAGUCGCCUUACAUCUGCCAUUCCCCUCCAAUUCGUGGCGGUAUAUGGACUUAGCACUGGGUAAAGUGAAGUGAAAGAUGGAUAGACCCGGACCCUCUGAGACGAGCAUCAACAGGUGGUUUCAGAGCCUUAGAAAUCGCUUUAAUUUAGUGGUAACCCCACCGUAACUAAUAUGUGUUGAAUCUAAUAUUAGCUAUGGUAACUCAAUAUUUGAGUGUAAUACAGAAAUAUAAUUAGAAAAUAAAAAAACGAUUGUGUACAUUGCUAAUACAAACUAAACCGUAUCACGGUCAACAUGGUCUGUCUUAAGAAGUCACCAGCACUCUAUAUUUGCACCACAAAAGAAAAUCUCUCGCCGCCAUGAUUUACAAUUUUCAUUAUUCUUGAUUUAUUUAAAGCGUAUUUCAUGUCUGAAAUUUAAAAAAUGUUAUCCCGAAGGUGAUUGGUUCUUACAACCAUUGGUUACUCUUGUAAUUACGCUGCAUGACUGAAAAAUGAUCAGUCCCUACAUAGGCACUACUGUAAAUGACCAGCCACUCUGUAGGUACUACUGUAAAAUGACCAGUCCCUGCGUAGAAAAUGUGUAGUUCAUUUACAUUUAUUUAAAACACGUAGUAUUUUAUGUAUUCUGAUUGGUCAAAAUCAAUAUGUGUACUAAGUUUUUGAAACACGUACUAAAUAAAGCGUUUUUGACUCGGAUGGCCUUCCAUAGAAAUCGCAUGGGGUCGGAUUGUAGCGGAUAUUUACUUAAUUUAGUUAUCUAGGGAAUUAAUCCCAACUACUAAUUUUGUUUUUACUUGUAUUCCAAUUAUUGCCCCCAAAUGGAAAUAAUCGCAAUAGGAAUAUACACACAAUGGACUUUAUAAAGUAAUAUCCAUUGAGUUCAGAUCCAUCAAUCCCGGUGAAAAUUUAACAUUGAUACAAUAUUAGACUGGAUUAUUAAUUAGUACAGUGCAUAGUAACAGAUCAAAAACAAACUCAAACACUGGUUUAAAAGUAUAACUACAUCAAUUUAUUCAUAGCACAGACUAACAACACAAAAUAGAGAAUUCCUAAAUACUAGUGGUCAAACUAGCUUAAUGUGAGAAGAAAGGAGAUUUAACAGUCAGUAUUGCAUAUCACAUCUGAAUUCUUAACAUAACAGUCAGAAAUGCUUUCACAUAACCUUUGAAUUUAGAAUAUGUAAUAACUUGGAUUAAUAUACAUUUCAACAAACAUUACUUAGAUAAGGAAUCAUAUGCUUCAUCUAUGCGCCAACUGAAAUAAUAUGAAAAGUAGAGUUUAUAUUUAAUAGUUACACGACAAGGUUCCCAGUGCUGCAGGCAGCAGGGUUGCAGCUGGUUGUCUUGUGGUGACGUCAGCAGCGGGAAGUUUAAACAGAACCGUAAUCUUGCGAGCAGGAACAGGAUACUUUAGUUGAUGCACAGUCAUCUGGAGAUACAAGACCACGAGUACCCAAUUCUUAUGGAUCUCGGAAGGAGCACUCAAUUACUUGAGUGGAGAAAAGGCAGUUUCUAGAACAAAGUACUUGAUCUCACUCACAUUUCAUUCAGGUAGGCAGGCAGGCAGGCACGUUACUUGGAAGAUCGUAUCAGAUGGGCCAUUAGUGAUGGGCCUGAAGCCUCAGCUGAUUCGACCCCACAUGAACCAAUUGAAGCAAACUCUGUUAUGAAGCAAAGCUUCAUGUGGUUCUUGUGAACAAUUAGGUCAUGUGACCCAUGAACUGUGUUUAGCAGUAGCUGAUAGGAAGGAAAUUAUUAACCCUAUACUUACUCUUUUUGUCAAUAGUGCUCACAGUGUGGUGUUUCAGUCAAGCUGAAAUGAACAAUUAUUAUUUUUUUAAAUCAAGAUGCUGCUUUUUGUUUUAUAGUUCAUAAACAUUUACGUAUUUUCAAAUUAACAAAAAAGCAUUUAGUAUGUACAAACAGCUCUUUAUGAACAUUACUGGUAAAAAAAUCCUCCGAUCUAUUAUACGUGUAUAAAGGAUACAGAGUACACAAUUUCUUUAAAAAUGGAAACGACACGGAUUCAAACCCACUAUUUUCCACCUCUCUACUUUAUAGCUAGAGCUAUGCUACGUGCGCCACCAAAGAAUCUGCUUGUAAGCAUGAAUCAAAAUAUCCUACUUAUCACACCAUCUUACACACUACGGUUGUUGAAGUCUCAUCAAAUUACGUUGUCUUUUAUUUCAAGCAACAAGAACUUGUUUUUGAUUGGACAACACUUUUAUAUUCCUAGUAUCAUUAUUUAAGAGGUUUUUACUAGUUAAUCGCAUGUGUGGUUGAUAUGUAAAAUAAAUAUUCCAGGCAAUUUCGAUAAAAACAACGGCCGAGCUCUGACUUUAGAAAAAACACUGAAAUGUUGCUUUACACUGAAACGAUUGUUUAAAUUAUAGAUGCCCAUUAACUGAGAAAAUAAAAAAUGCAAUUGCUUGAUGUUGUAUGUCAAAAGUGUAUGAAAUGUCACUAUAUAACACAUUGCCUUCUCUGAGCAUUAGUGCAAUUGUCCACUUUACUAAAUGCCUUCUUCUCUGGAGAUAGGGGGCUGUCUUUACUCUCAAUGUAUUGAGUUGUGCAGAUCUACAAAGAGAUGGCAUUCAAGAGCAUGGAGCGCUUCAUGUGCUUCAGCUCAGUGAAUCUUUUUUGUGAACCAAAUGAUUCAGAGAGUUCAGUGGUUCAGGAGGUUUCACCUUUCCUAUCACUAGUUUCCAUAUCAACGGGUACUUCACUCAGGCUGUGACGUAGACUUCUUCUUCGUAGGAGAGCAUAUUCCUUGAAGUGAUCACAUCUUGGAUGGAUGAGAGAGAAU